AUGUCCAAGACAAAAACGAAGCGCGCGCGCCGGGAAUUGAAGCGCGAGGGUGAGAGAAAAAUAGCAGCGCACCACCGCAAGGCAGCAGCAAAAGCCGCAGAAACAAAACAAGCCGCGACAAAACCACCCGCAAAGAAGAAGCAAAAGAUGAACUCGACCGGCGCGAAAGACGCACCACCAGCGACCAAGCCCGCUCACGUCCAACCCUCGCAACGGAAACACGCCAUACCCUUUGGCGAAUACGACCACAUCCUCCUCGUCGGCGAGGGCGACUUCAGCUUCACGCGCUCCCUCGCCAUCGAGCACGGCUGCGCAAACGUCACAGCCACCAGCUACGACUCGCGCGAAGACGUCUCAGCCAAAUACCCAACCUUUAUCCCCAUCUCCACCGAGCUCUCCUCCCUCACACCCCCUGUCCCGCUCUUCCACUCCAUCGACGCCACAAAACUCUCAACCUACAAGCAUCUCCGCUGCAAGCGCGACGAUGGCGACGAUGACGAGGAAGGCUGGGACACCAUUGCCUUCAUGUUCCCCCACACGGGAGGUCUCAGUACAGAUGUGAAUCGCCAAGUCCGCGCGAACCAAGCGCUGCUUGUUGAAUUCUUCAAGUCGUGUAUUGAUACCAAAGAUGCGAAGCGCAGGUUGCAUAUUCUACAGACUCAGAAGAGGGAGAAGGAGGAGAGUAGGAAGAGGAAGAGGGAUCAUCAAUCUCAGGGUGAUUCUCAACAACAGGAACAGAAGAACAAGCAGAAUGUUAAACCAUUUCUUCGUAUGGGCGGGAAGAUAAUAGUUACUCUUUUUGAGGGUGAACCGUACACUUUGUGGAAUAUCCGUGACCUAGCACGGCAUGUUGGGCUAAGGGUAGUUGAGAGCUGGAAGUUCGACUGGGAGCAGUAUCCGGGGUACCAUCACGUUCGCACGCUGGGGGCGCUGGAGGGAGGUGGUGGGUGGAAAGGGGAAGAUCGCGAGGCGAGGAUGUAUGUGUUUGAGAAGAUUCCGCUUGUGGCUGAUAGCGAUGAGGAGAAGGAGAUGGAGAGGCUGGCUAAGGUGGCGAGGGGGGGAAGGUUACCGAGUCAGAAGGAGGCGAUGAAGGCGGCUUUGCAGGGGGAGGAGAAAGAAGAUGACGUUGAAGAGGAGGAAGCUGAGGAAGACGAUGAUUGA